AUUUAAAGAACCAAAGACCGACAUGAAGGAAAGGCAAAAUUCCCUCCAAUUACAAAGAGAAAAGAAAAGAUUUUUAACCCGAAAAAAGAAAUGUCAAUAUCACAAGAGGAAGAAACAACAAAUCCUAACCCUAAUAUCAAUUCCAAGACACUACCAAUACCAAUACCAACACUGACAUCCUUAAACAGAAAAACCAGAACCUCUAGCUUACCAGAACUGUUGUUCAAAGAGCGAGCACUAAAGCAUGGGACUUCGAUAAUGAAAUAUCGGUCAAAUAGCCCGUUUGCAUCACCUCGACCUGUAGCAUCGCCUCAAUCUGUCCCACAAAGAACUUUAGGCUUCCAUUCUCAUGAACCGACGGGACUCGAUUACACCUCCCUUCUCAAUGAUGAGAUUCUCCUUCAAGUCUUCAGUAAAGUCCCAGUUUCACAACAUGUUUCCAGCUCUCGUGUUUGCAAAAGAUGGUUGUUCAUUCACGGACGUUUGGUGCAAUCAAUAAAGGUAAUAGAUUUUCGUUUCGUUAAUUCGGGUCGGGUUUUUACCCGGUUUCCAAAUUUGGAAAAUAUUGAUAUUGCCCAUGCUUGUAUUAAAAUGCCUAGGAAUUCUGGGAUUCUGAUUACUAGGAAUAAUUCAUCUGUUUAUAUUGGUACUAAGUUGUUGUCUGAUGUGUUUAUUGAAGAAAGUGAUUUAUUAUCGUCGGAUUUGAUUGAUAAUGGGCUCGAAUUGAUUAGUAAAUGGUAUCCCAAUUUGAGGAGAAUUUCUGUAUUUGGCAGCAGUGAAAAUGGAUUGUUGUGUGUUUCGAGUAAGUGCAAAAUGUUGCAAGAAUUGGAGUUGCAUUGUUGUGGGGAUAUGUCUUUGAAGGGGAUAUCCGGGCGUAGGAAUUUGCAAGUUUUGAAAUUGAUUGGGUGCGUUGAUGGAUUUUUUAAUUCGAUGGUGAGUGAUAUUGGGUUGACGAUAUUAGCUCAAGGGUGUAGGAGGUUAGUGAAGCUUGAACUAUGUGGGUGUGAAGGGAGCUACGAUGGGAUUAAGGCGAUAGGGCAGUGUUGUCAAAUGCUUGAAGAAUUGACUAUUAGAGAUCAUAGAAUGGAUGGUGGCUGGCUGGCUGCAUUAUGUUUUUGUGAAAAUUUGAAGACUUUGAGGUUGCAGUCAUGUAAGAGUAUUGAUUCAAGUCCUGGUCUGCCUGAGCAUUUGGGGUCUUGUCCUACACUUGAAGAGUUGCACUUGCAGCAAUGUCAGAUGAGGGAUAAGCAAGCGGUGAAGGCUUUGUUUUUAAUUUGCAAGACUGUUAGGGAAAUUGUUUUGCAGAACUGUUGGGGAUUGGAGGAUGAAGUAUUUGCAACUGCAACUGUUUGUAGGAGGGCAAGGCUUUUGUCUUUGGAAGGAUGCUCAUUGCUGACGACAGGUUGUUUGGAGUCAGUUAUUCUGAAUUGGAAGGAACUUGAAAGACUAACAGUAAUUUCCUGUAACAAUGUAAAAGACAGUGAAAUAACUCCUGAUCUGGCAACUCUGUUUUCUGUUCUGAAAGAAUUGAAAUGGCGACCAGAUUCCAAAUCUCUCCUGUCAGCAGGUCUUGCAGGGACUGGAGUGGGAAAUAAAGGUGGCAGAUUUUUCAAGGGAUUGAAAAUCUGACUGGAACAUUUGAUGGCUAGUAUAUGGUUUCAAUUUGAACAUUUGAUGAUUUCUUGGCAGCUACAAACUAAGUUGACGAUAAAGUGUACUCUGUAGAUUAUAGUAAUUUUCAUAUCUAAUUUAGACGAUUUAGCACAGCGGUAUCAGAGGAGGACCUGUCAGUGUAUUUCUCAAAGAGCCCGCUAAAGCGGAGCUUAUGAGAAGCAUUCCAAUACCCUAGAACCCCCUUUGAUUUGUGGGGGUGAAAUCCAUGUCAAAUUGAAUUUCUUUUGUCAGUUUAUGACUGGAGAAGUUUUCUCCAACGUUCAAAUAGGCCAGAUAUUCUAACAGAGCUAGUUAGUUGCUAGGAAUGAGAACAAAGUGCAAGAUUGAUGGGCCUGCUAAUACAACAAUUUUUUUUGCUGCUUUUAUUUUUGUGGAUCUCUAUGCAUGAUUCAUGAAGUUUUUAAUCAUUAUACAGAUUAUUGGCGAUGCUGCAGCUUCAAUAUAGGUCCAAGGAGCUUUUUAUCAUAUCUUGUUAUCGAAAACAUUUUGGAAGGUAAUAUUUACUGUUUUAAUACUAAAUUGUCACUCAAUACAGGAUCCUUGCAGCCUGUGUUUUUUUUUUUUUGGGUCUCUUUGUUUUCUUUAUCUUGCAGAAAUGACCAACAUCAUUAAGCAAUGACAAGAAGUAUCUAUUGGAUGUCUUCCCUCUCAGAAAAACUUUUAGAAGUUACGGUUCUGCAGUGACAGGACCAGGGGUACAAAUUGUUUGCUGCUUGUCUACAGAUUUCAUGUUGCUUAUUUGUCAAUCGGAUCAAGGCUGAUGUUGUAGCGGGCUAUUGGCAGCUAGAUAUGAGAAAAAGAAGGUCCAAUAACUUAUCGUCAUAGCGUAUGAACUCGAAUGACGGACCAUAGAAGAAACUGAUUAAGCAGAGGGCAGAAUUCGAUUGUGAGAAUUCCUUAUGUAUAUUGCUGGUGAUACCUUGAUUUCAGAAGACUAGAUAAAUACAGUUUCAAAGACAACUCUUGAUUGAUAUACACAGAAAGGUGCUUGGAGAGGACUGCCAAAGAAAAUUGUAGCAAGACGGGUGAAGUGAAAGGUGCAAGAUAUUGUUUCACUGUAGAAGAUAUUAAAUCAGAGAAAACUGUUGUAAGAUGAAUAAUACUAGAUCAUUGUUUUAUAGUAACAGGCAAAAGCCUGCUGUGCAAUAUGCAGUGGCUAUAGACCAUAGUUGAGAACCCUAAUAAUGGCUCGAUGAAUUGACUGUGGGGAGCGGCAAAUAUGGAGACACAAGCUGGAAUUUUCAGACCAGUACAGGUUUUUUUUUUUUUGUGGGAUGGGAUUAUAACUUUGGCAAGGAUACAUCAUGUUCACAGGCUAGGAUUUCUUCUCAAAUAAAAUACUGUUAUUAACUCAAAUUAUUUAAUCA